GGCACUGACUGGCAUCACUGCUGGGCACUGACUGGCGGCACUGACUGGGGCACUGACUGGCAGCACUGCUGGGCUGCACUGGUGGGUGGCACUGGUGGGCAGCACUGGUGGGUGGGCACAGGUGGGUGGCACUGGUGGGCACAGGUGGGUGGGCACAGGUGGGUGGCACUGCUGGGCACAGGUAGGUGGCACUUCUGGGCACAGGUGUGUGACACUGCAGAGUGGCACAGGUGGGCGGAGCUAGUGGGCGCACUGCUGGGCACAGGUGGGCGGAACUUGCGGGUGGCAUUGCUGGGCACCGAUCAUCAGGGCACUGAUCAUCAGUGCCCUGAUGAUCGGUGCCGAUCCCCGCUCUGACAACUGCCGGUUCUCGGCAGUACUUUCCUCACGAUCUGACAGCGUGAGGAAAGUGCAGCCGAGAACCGGCACUUGCAU